AUGAGUGCUAUUUGGUUGUUACUACGUUAUGGGUCACAUAGUUUUGAUAUUAGAGUGGGUGACAUGGAAAAAUAUCGUUUGUUGAAGUUGUUUCUUGAUAUCUUUGAGAAAUCAGUUAAGCAAGAUGUUUUUUUGCCUAGUACCUUUAGCUUGUAUGUUGAGGGUCCUUGUGGUAAGGUUGAAUUGAAUGAUGAUAAGACUUUAAGGCUUCUGAAUGCUGUUGCAACAAUUGAGAAUCAUAGAAAGGAAAAAGAGAGACAACUUAAGGAGAGACAAGAGGAACUGUUGAGGGCUCAAAGAGAGGAGGAAGAGGUAAUGAGGAAACAACAGGAAAGGGAGGACAUUUUGAGGGAAAUACAGGAACAAAUGGAGUACACUGUGGCUAUGGAGGUCCCUGUUGUUGAUUGUGAGGACAUGAAGGUUGAGUAUGUGAGAGUCAUUAGCAAAGAUGAUGCUGAUGAGGAGAUGUUUGAGGCAAAUGUUGUUCUUGCCUAUGGGAUAGUAGACACUGAGAGUUGUGACAGUUGGACCUACUUCAUGAGAUGUUUGAGGCAAAUGUUUGAGCAGGAGGGUUGCAACAGAGAUGAUUGGACCUUCAUCAGUGAUAGGAUGAAGGGUGUUGAGUUGGCAGUUAGAGAAACUUUUCCUAGAGCAACUAGGAGAGUUUGCUGCCAACACCUAUACAUGAAUUGUAAGAACAAUGGCUUCAGUGGAUCUGCAUUCCACAAGCUCUUUUGGAUAGCUGCUAAUGCAUACAAUGAGUAUGUGUUUAGUAAGGCCAUGGAAAAGAUCAGUGAGUACAAUGAAAAUGCCACUGCAUACUUGAACAGCUGCAUUGAGCAGUGGUCUAGGCAUAAGUUUGACUCUACUGUUUGUUGUGAUCACAACACAACAAACUUUGUGGAGUCAUUCAAUGCAUGCACAAAGCCCUUCAGAGACAUGCAUGUCUUCUCAUUAUUGGAAGCAAUCAGAAGUUGGUGUAUGCAGAGGGUGGGGGCUAGAUUUGACAAGGCAGUUGACAUGGAGGAAGGUCAGCUCACUGCAUAUGCAUUGAAAGAGUUAGAGGAGAGGACAGCUGAGUCCAGGUUAUGUUAUGCCACAGCAUGUGGAGGGGGUGAAUUUGAGGUUAGGGAUGGACAUGUCAACUUCCCAAUUAGGCUUGCAACAAGAAGUUGUGCCUGUGGGAAGUGGCAGAUCUGUGGAAUCCCCUGCAAGCAUGCACUGAGGGUCAUAUAUGACCAAAGGAUGAACCCCCAUGAUUUCAUAUCCCCAUGGUUCAAGGCUGCUGCAUACAAGCUAACCUAUGCAGAACAUAUUCAUCCUAUGGAAGAUCCAUCUCAGUGGCCUGACUUUGGCCUUCCUUCCAUUCAGCCUCCAACCAUCAAAAGACCAUCUGGCAGACCUGCUAAGAAGAGAAAGAGAGGGGCAAAUGAACCAAAGAAAGGGAAGAGGAACACAAAUGUGAAAUGUGGAAAGUGUAGAGAGUUUGGUCACAACUCAAGAACAUGCAAGAGUGGAGGAACAAGUGCCACUGGACCAAGCACUUCAAAGAGUGGUGCAGCAGGAGCAAGUACAUCAAAUGGGGGACCAAACACAAGGAAGAGGUCAAAGGCAGCUGGAUAG